AUGGCAGACAUGCUGGAUCUUUGCGAGUCCGGGGAUGAGGAUUUCGCCAUGGAUGUGGAUGGAGACGAAAGCAUCCACAAAUUAAAAGAACAAGCGAAGAAACGGAAGGGCCGAAGUUUUGGAUCUGAGAGGUCUCGAGCGCGGAUGCAGGAGGAUUAUGACCGUGUGGAGCAGAAUGGCGAUGAACCUGGACCACAGCGCUCUGUGGAAGGUUGGAUUCUCUUUGUCACUGGAGUCCACGACGAAGCCACUGAAGAAGAUAUCCAUGACAAAUUCGCUGAAUAUGGAGAAGUAAAAAAUAUCCACCUUAAUUUGGACAGGCGCACAGGAUAUUUGAAGGGGUAUACUCUAAUUGAAUAUGAAACAUACAAAGAGGCUCAGGCUGCCGUGGAGGGACUAAACGGUCAAGAUUUGAUGGGACAGCCAAUCAGUGUCCACUGGUGUUUUGUUCGUGGUCCACCAAAGGGCAAGAGGAGAGGAGGCCGAAGACGAAGCAGGAGUCCAGACCGGAGACGCCGUCGAUAA